AUGGCGCUGAAUCAAGACGGAGAAGAAUGGGCGAGGGCAGCGCAGACAAAUUGGAGAGGGCUGGGGCUGACGGAUCCGAUCAAAAGCGUAGAGGACAAGUGGCUCCUGCUGCCGGCCUUCCUGAAGGUGAAGGGGCUAGUCAAGCAGCACAUAGACUCCUUCAACUACUUCGUCGACGUCACGUCGGACGUCGACCCACGCUUCUGGCUCAAGUACACCGACAUCGUUGUCGGCUUCCCGGACAGGACCGACGCAGACGCGAUCGACAAGAGUGUCACCCCGCACGAAUGCCGACUCCGCGACACGACGUACGGUGCGCCCAUUCUCGUCACCAUUCAGUACACGCGCGGGAAGACUGUCGUUCGUCGAGCCAAUGUCAACAUCGGACGCCUGCCAAUCAUGCUCCGGAGUAGCAAAUGCGUGCUCGCAGGACGCAGUGAGGCGCAGCUAGCGCGCAUGACGGAAUGUCCGCUGGAUCCCGGAGGUUACUUCAUCGUCAAGGGCACGGAGAAGGUCAUCCUUGUCCAAGAACAGCUGAGCAAGAACCGUAUCAUCGUGGAGAUCGAUACCACGAAAGGAAUCGUUCAGGCGUCCUGUACAUCAUCAACCCACGGCGGCCUCAAAUCAAAAACCUAUGUCGCCACGAAGAAGGGGAAGAUAUACCUCCGGCACAACUCUAUCCAUGAGGAUGUUCCGAUCGCCAUCGCACUCAAGGCACUCGGGAUUCAGUCGGACAAGGAAAUCCUUCUCCUGACAGCCGGCAACCACGAAGCAUACAAAUCUUCCUUCUCCCCGAACCUUGAAGAAGCCGCCAAGCUCGGAGUUUUUACGCGGCACCAGGCCCUCGAGUGGAUUGGGUCCCGAGUGAAGGUCAACCGCCGGGUGAUUGGCCCGCGGCGCCCUGCCUGGGAAGAAGCCCUUGAGGCGCUUGCAACCAUCGUCCUGGCCCACGUCCCCAUCCAUGGCCUCGACUUCCGGCCCAAGGCCGUGUUCGUCGCGACGAUGACGAGGCGCGUUCUCAUGGCCAUGGACGACGAAAAGAUGGUGGACGACCGGGACUACGUGGGGAACAAGCGGCUCGAGCUCGCCGGACAGCUUCUCGCGCUCCUGUUUGAAGAUCUGUUCAAGACAUUCAACACAAACCUCAAAGCCGCGAUUGACAAGGUGCUGAAGAAGCCGUCGAGGACGAGCGAGUUCGACGCGUUCAACACGAUGCAGUUUCAAGGGGACCACAUCACGUCGGGCUUCGUCCGAGCAAUCUCGACGGGGAAUUGGUCGCUGAAGCGGUUCAAGAUGGACCGUGCCGGCGUCACGCACGUCCUCAGCCGGCUCUCGUUCAUCUCUGCGCUCGGCAUGAUGACCCGAAUCUCGUCGCAAUUUGAGAAGACGCGCAAGGUCAGUGGACCGCGUGCGCUGCAACCGAGUCAGUGGGGCAUGCUCUGCCCGAGCGACACGCCCGAGGGCGAGGCCUGCGGGCUGGUCAAGAACCUCGCUCUUAUGACGCACAUCACGACCGAUGUGGACGAGGAACCGAUCAUCAGGAUAGCGUUCAUGCUAGGCGUCGAGGACAUCAGCUUAGCGACUGGGGCCGAGAUAUAUGGUCCGCAUACGUUUGUCGUGAACGUGAACGGAUCUAUUAUCGGCCUGACCCGAUACCCUGCGCGCUUUGUGGGCAAUUUCCGACGACUGCGGCGGGCCGGACGGUUCAGCGAGUUCGUUAGCGUGUACAUCAAUCACCACCACCGAACCGUGCUCAUCGCUAGUGACGGCGGGCGUAUCUGCCGGCCCAUGAUCAUUGUGAGAAUGGCAUGCCCAUGGUCACGUCCGCCAUAUCUCGGUGCGUGUUCCUGCACCCGAACCUUCUCUGUAACUUCUCACGGUUAUAAUGUACAGCAACUCAAGGCAGGCCAGCUGACGUUUGACGACUUCCUCCGGAAAGGUCUCGUGGAAUACCUCGAUGUCAACGAGGAGAACGACUCCUACAUUGCCCUCUACGAGAAGGACAUUGUCCCUGGAACCACACACCUGGAGAUCGAGCCCUUCACCCUCCUAGGAGCAGUCGCCGGCCUUAUUCCCUACCCUCACCAUAACCAGUCCCCACGGAACACCUACCAAUGCGCCAUGGGAAAGCAGGCGAUCGGGGCGAUCGGCUAUAACCAACUGAACCGGAUCGACACUCUGCUCUACCUCUCCGUGUACCCACAGCAGCCCAUGGUGAAGUCAAAGACCAUCGAGCUCAUUGGCUACGACCGGCUUCCGGCAGGACAGAACGCCACCGUGGCUGUGAUGAGCUAUUCAGGCUACGAUAUCGAAGACGCGCUCAUUCUAAACAAGGCGAGCCUCGACCGGGGUUACGGCCGGUGCCAGGUCCUGCGCAAAAACGCCACGCUCAUCCGCAAGUAUCCCAACGGAACGUUCGACCGCCUCGCGGACGCGCCGGUGGACGAGAACGGGCAGGUGCAGAAGAAGUACGACAUCAUCCAGGCGGACGGGCUCGCGGGCGUCGGCGAGCGCGUCGACCCCGGGGACGUGUACAUCAACAAGCAGACGCCAACGAACGCGAACGACAACUCGUUCACCGGCCAGGCCGCGACGGUGCCGUACAAGAACGCGCCGAUGACCUACAAGUCGCCCGUCGCGGGCCAGAUAGACAAGGUGAUGAUCACGGACACCGAGAACGACCAGACGCUCAUCAAGGUGCUCAUCCGCCAAACGCGGCGGCCCGAGCUCGGCGACAAGUUCUCGUCCCGGCACGGGCAGAAGGGUGUCUGCGGCCUGAUCGUGAACCAGGAGGACAUGCCGUUCAACGACCAGGGGAUCUGUCCCGACACGAUCAUGAACCCCCACGGGUUCCCUUCACGGAUGACGGUCGGGAAGAUGAUCGAACUGCUCGCGGGCAAGGCGGGUGUUCUCGCAGGGAAACUGCAAUACGGGACAGCGUUUGGGGGCUCCAAGGUGGAGGACAUGUCUCGAAUCCUGAUCGAGAAUGGCUUCAGCUACGGAGGGAAGGAUAUGCUAACGAGCGGUAUCACCGGAGAACCACUCGAGGCGUACGUCUACUUCGGGCCCAUAUAUUACAAGGGUCCGCGCGCAACGCUGACGCGGCAGCCGACCGAGGGCCGCUCGCGCGAAGGCGGGCUGCGACUGGGGGAGAUGGAGCGCGACUGCCUGAUCGGCUACGGCGCGACGCAGCUGCUGCUCGAGCGGCUGAUGAUCUCCUCGGACCAGUUCCAGGUGGACGCGUGCGAGGCGUGCGGGCUGCUCGGGUACAACGGCUGGUGCCCGUACUGCAAGUCGUCGAAGAAGAUGGCGCAGCUCACGAUCCCGUACGCGGCGAAGCUGCUCUUCCAGGAGCUCAUGGCGAUGAACGUCGUGCCCCGGCUCGUGCUCGACGACGCGUGA